AGUGUUUCUACUGUUUCGUUUUUAUGGGACGUGGUGAUCGGGGGGUCGGGGUGGAAGGUCAGCAUUCGUCGAGGAAAUUCACGCGAAGAGAAAGGGAAUAUUUAUGAAGUCAAUGCUUUGUCUCACUUGAUUAGCGAACUUAGUUGAGAAUGGAGUUGCUGCGGAGUUCGGGCCAUCAUGAGCGAGAACAUUGGAAAAUCGCUCAUGAAAGCACUAUAGGACUUAGAGCUUCGUGGGUGCUUCAGAAUAUACGGGCGUGUAUGUAUUUGUAAAGCAUUGACGUUAGUGAUAUUUAGUUAACUAAAAGGCUUAACUUAAAGACAAGAGUUCGCUAGCUAAGUAGUAUUGCGUUUUGCAGAGCUAGACUAGCUUACUAUUAACUGUUUGUUUGUUUUGGUGUAACGUUAACCUUGCAAACUUAGCUGUUCAUUUUUAAAUGCCUAACUGUUACACGACUGAACCGGUCGCAGAAUAUAGCUAGCAUAUAACACACCAGACCUGUUCACAAGAGAUUAGCUAUUUAGUCUAACAUUAACGUUACUUCGUAUAUCUUGAACAGUCCCAUAUUUAUGAGAGGGGGGUUGCCUUAGCUACUUAGCUGCUAACUAGCAAUUUCCGUUUUCUUCCGCUGCACCAUUGAUUAGCAUUGAUGGAAAAUCGCAAUAAUAAUAGCUUGCUAGUUAGCGUUACAUGCAUAUGGUUGGCAUUUAUAUCGGUUCGACAGGUUAAAUCAUAACUGAUUUCUUUCUUAUGCCAAUACCACUGUUGAUAACGGUGAUAUUGUUGACUUUGUCGCCGCAUAAGUAGCACGAUGGCUAACGUUAGCUGGCUAACCAUUAUCGAAACACUUAGCUGGCCAAAUAACUGUUACUCUUUGUAGAACAAAACUAUAACAUGUUUAUAGCCAGUCUAAGUAGUUAAGUGUUAUCGGUGCAGGAUCAUCGAUUCGCCAAUCAGCUAUACGUUACUUUGAAGAAAAGCUCCAAACAUUUAGAAAAAGACCAGUCAGAAGGUUAUGCGAAUAGCUAACCUCGCUGGCUAACGUCGUUAGGCUGGUUGUUUGAUUUUGCUGGGGCAGUGUGCAAAGCUAUCGCAAACUUGGCCUCAUUGAGUUUGGAACUAUCUGACUGGGAGGAGAGAGGGUCUCGGGGUGAACACACGCUUAUGUUGAUAUGUGGGUGAUUCUGAAAACGCUGUUCUACCUGGGCCUCGGGAGUUGGGUGCUUGGCCGUGGGACUCGGGCCAUGUCAGCGGAGGAGAAGACCACCAUCAGGGGCCAGGUCCUGGAGAUGUUCGAACACGCGUACGGAAGCUACAUGAAAUAUGCCUAUCCCGCGGACGAGUUGAUGCCCCUGAGCUGCAGGGGGCGAGUGAGGGGGCAGGAGCCAAACCGCGGGGACAUCGACGACUCCCUGGGCAAAUUCUCCCUCACGCUGAUUGACACCCUGGACACCCUCGUGGUGCUGAACAAGCUGGAGGAGUUUGAGGAGGCAGUGAGGAAGACUGUGAGCGAGGUCAGGCUGGACAACGACGUGGUGGUGUCCGUGUUCGAGACCAACAUCCGCGUGCUGGGUGGCCUGUUGGGGGCGCAUGUGAUGGCGGAUCUGCUCCGUGGGAGGGGCGAGAGGAUGCAGUGGUACCAAGAUGAGCUUCUCCACAUGGCAAAGGACCUGGGCCAUCGUCUCCUGCCUGCCUUCAACACCACCAGCGGCCUGCCUUACCCACGGGUGAACCUGCGCUAUGGGGUCCUGAACCCGCUCUCCCGUACGGGCACUGAGUCGGACACCUGCACGGCCUGCGCGGGGACCAUGAUCCUGGAGUUCGCUGCGCUCAGCCGGCUGUCUGGGGAGGCCGUGUUUGAGGAACACGCCAGGAAGGCCCUGGACGUUCUGUGGGAGAAGAGACAGAGAGGAAGCGACCUCGUUGGCACAGUCAUCAACAUCCACAAUGGGGACUGGGUCCGCAGGGACAGCGGGGUGGGUGCUGGGAUCGACUCCUACUAUGAGUACCUGAUGAAGGCCUACAUCCUGCUGGGAGACAGUGUGUACCUGGAGCGCUUCAACACUCACUACAGCGCCAUCAUGAAGUACAUCAGCCAGCCGCCCCUGCUGCUCAGCGUGCACAUGCACAACCCCACCGUCAGCGUCCGCGGCUGGAUGGACUCUCUCCUGGCCUUCUUCCCCGGGCUGCAGGUGCUGAGAGGGGACCUGAAGCCUGCCAUUGAGACCCACGAGAUGCUCUACCAGGUCACCAAGCAACACAAGUUUCUGCCCGAGGCGUUCACCACAGAGUUCAGAGUUCACUGGGGUCAGCACCCGCUGCGACCAGAGUUCGCCGAGAGCACCUACUUCCUGUACAAGGCCACAGGAGACCCCUAUUACCUCAAAGUGGGCCAGUCCAUCGUGGAGAAGCUGAACACGCACGCCAGGGUGCCCUGCGGGUUUGCUGCAGUGCAGGACGUUCGCACUGGGACCCACGAGGACAGAAUGGACUCCUUCUUCCUGGCGGAGAUGUUUAAGUACCUGUACCUGCUGUUCUCUGAGAAGAGCCAGCUGCCCUUCGACAUCGACGACUACAUCUUCACCACCGAGGCCCACCUGCUGCCCAUGUCCCUGUCAAUCACCCAGCCGCCCUGUCAGGGCAACGGCACGGAACCUCGCACUGCUCUGGAGGAGGAUCUGUUCACCCACUCCUGCCCCAGUGCUCAGACCCUCUUCCCAAACAACCCCUCCUUCGCCAAAACCAUCCGGGACGGCUACAAGUACCUCAAUGGAGUGGGCCGGCCCCAGCGGGUGUCAAGCAUCAGGGGGAUCGAGCUCCCACUGCAUGAUAACGGCAUGGAGCCUGUGGAGUUUCUGAAGAGCAUGGGCAUCUCCCUCACGCAACUGAACGAGGCGGGAGGGGCACAGCUGGACUCUUCGGGUCCAAAGGGUGUGUACCGGGUGAAGCUGAUCGCAGAGGUGAGCCAGACAACUGAGGAAGAGGAGGUGCUGCCUCUUAUUGUCCAAGUCAUCUCACCCCCGUUUCUGGGAAGAAUAGUACUGACUGCUGGGCCUGCCAAGUUUGGAAUGGACCUUACCAAACAAGAGAAUGGGGUGAAGGGCAGUAUUGUGAAGAGCGCCCCCUACAGCGCGUGCGGCCCCAUCGAGAACCCGGCUGAGCUGAGGGGGAGCAUCGCCCUGGCGCUCCGAGGGGACUGCAUGUUCGCCGCCAAGGCCCGCCGCCUGCAGGGGGCAGGGGCCAUCGGGGUCAUCUUCGUCGACCACAAGGAGGGGAGCAGCAGUGAGGCCACGCCCCUGUUCCAGAUGGUGGGGGACGGGGGCCCCACCUCUGACAUCACCGUGCCGCUGGUGUUCCUGUUCAGCCGCGAGGCGGCCGCGCUGACCACUGCCCUGGAGGAGCACCGCCAUGUGGAGGUGCUGCUGCUGCCCAAAGAGAAACCACCCGCAGAAAAGCCCAUUGGCAUGAACAUCCAGAUCCACCUGGCCAAAGAGGGAGAGGUCCAGGCCCGGCAGGGUAAGGGCACCACCAUCCAGCUCCUGCUGCAGCCCGGCGAUGAGGAUGACGAGGAGGAAGAGCCAGAGGCGGGAGGAAACCUCCCCACGGGGGGCCACUGUGUCUCCACGGCGACCGAGGAGCAGGCCCCUCCCCCGCAGCCGUGUGCGGACGCACAGACCCCGCCCCCGACCCCCGACCCCUCCCCCGCGGACCCGGAGAGCGACCCCUGAGUGGCUGGAACUGUACUUUACCCACAAUCCCCCGGGAAACAGGCAGGUCCUCCCACCAACCCCUGGGGCGGGGUGAGGGGCAAGGGGCAGCGUCUGGGGCCAAAGAGCGCCAAAACCAUCGCCCCUGUGAGAUAUCGACGGCUCUCUUUACCAAGCGGGGACGCAAACACACACGAGAGAAACACAAAAACGUAUGCUGACCUCACGCCUUCCCUGAACGGGGAGGCUUUCUUAUAGUUAUAGUUAUUAAAAAUUGUGUAUUAAUAUAUUGAGCUGGGAGAGGGGCCAGGCGGUGCAAGCAGGCGGGUCUGAACUGCCAUCGGAGGCCCCUACUUGCAGUGCUGUAACCUGAGGGUAGCUUAGCCAAACUAUUACAAGCAAGAAGAUGCCUAUUCACGUACCGUUUAAACAUUGCCGAAGAGACAGUGGGGUGGGGUGUGGAGGGGUGAGUUAUUAAUAACGUAAUUACUUUUAUUAUUUGGGGCGGGGCUGGGGCAGGUUGUUCAUUUUCAGACUCAUUUAGCGAGGCUGGAUGGGUCUCUCCACGGACUGGAGAGGAGACGCAGCGUCGCCUGUAAAAGGGGGCGGUUGCGUGAAGCGGGUCGGCGCUUCUGGAGGGGCCCGGGCAGUGUGAGGACCCGGUGGGGACCGGGCGGGGCGCUCCGGGGGCGGGGCGGUGAGCCACACGGAGCAGUAUCCCGCUUUCUGACACGCUCCUGCCGAUGGGCCAACUUUGUAAACUGCGUGCGGCCGGGUCUCUCCUGCGCCAGACCAUCAGGGAAAUCCAGCGUUGUGAACUUGAAUGUGGGGCACACCAGUCUCGAGUCUUUUUGCUUCGCCGUCACACUACAUAUUCAGUCACCACUCACCAGACACCAGCCGUUCGAGAGCGCCGGCCCGCAUCGCAUCACACACACCACAUCACACAUCACAUCGCAUCACACACACCACAUCACACACACCACAUCA